UAAGGGGAAGGGGUGCUACUGAGUACUGACGCUCAGACCUCAUAGACUGGACAAAGCGCAUAAACAUGGCAUCUCAAGCCAAAAUUACAGGUUUUUUCCGGCCCACGAAAGCUACAAGUUCUUCAGCAGCCGCUGCAAAACGACGAAAAGCCGUUAUUGAAGAUCCCAUUUGCGAAGUUGAAUCUAAAUGUGAUAUUAAACCCACUGUUGCUUCCCUCAAACAGGAGACGAUAGCACAAUUUGUGAACGAACCAGGCGUGCUGUUGAAGAGUGAUCUGUUGAAAACAGAGUCUGGUCCAAUAGGUAAUUCCAAAAACAUUUUUACUGUUGGCAUUGAACUGGAGAAGAGUGUCCAGAAAAAAUCUAGUGUUAGAAAGAGUAGAAAGACUAUUAAGUCAACUGAAAGCUCCCUCAAGGUUUCUUUUCCAAAAACCUUGUUGACUGAGAAUUCUUGUGUCAAGACCGAAAUAAUCAAAGAGGAGACAACAUCUUUUGCAGAUAAUCAUGGCUGCAUUCCAGUGUCCACUCCGAAAGGAACAACUGGCCUUACCACAUCUUGUCGGAAGAGAAAAAUGCAGUGUGUCGAUGAACAAUCUGAAGUGAUUAGUAAAACACCUGAAAAACUUCCAGAAAAAAGUGAUGCAGGAAUUGAACUGUCUACUAAAGUUCGCAAAAAACUGGAAAUGGGCAAUGAAAAAGUUGCAGCUAUCCAAGCCAGUGAAGAAGUCAAAAUGAAGGCAGAUCUUCUGAACUCUCCAUCGAAGCCAGUUACAUUUUUGUGUAUGGGCACACUUUCUCCUCGGAAGCCAGGUCUCAAUUCACCCAUUCGUAUAAGAAGCAGCCCAUUGGUGAAUAAAUCAAGCACUGAGAAAAUGUUACAAAACAUAGCUGAAAAAAGGUUUAAGUCUCCAGCUGUAAAAUCAUUGGCAUCUUUACUUGAUAAAGUUGCUCCCACUAAGGAGCUCCCAACAAAGUUGACUUCAGAAGAAGUAAAGGCUCGCCUAGGCAAUAGCAAGAAUCUCGCAGAACUCCGAGCAAAACUCUCUAAAGUCAACAAUUGUUCGGAAAAAGUCAAAGAAUUUUACGAAAGCAAAGUUCAAUUAAAGAAGUUUUCCAAUCUUGAGUUUAAUCUUUCAGUCCCAGUCAGUCCUUCAAAACAGUCGCCUGUCAAACGACAGCCACAAGUUGAGAAAAGGCCAGCCUUUGAGCGUUUUCAUGCGCUUGCACAGGCUCCUUCAGAACAUCUCGUUCUACCUUUCAAGUACAAGGUUCUCAAUGAAGUUUUCCGCUGUAUUGAGACUGUGGUCGCUAUGCUGUAUAACAGGAAAGAAUGUAUUAAUUUCACAAAGCUAAAGCCGGCAGUACAGAAAAUGCUUCAAAGGGACUUCACCGAAAAACAUUUAGCUCAAGUUUGUCACGUCUUUCCGUCAGCUUACAAGAUCAAUUACGAAAAACUUGUUGCUAAUCUCCGAAGUUCUCCUGUCAAGAACCGCACUUACCAUUUAACUUUGGCUCCCAGACUGAACUAUUUGAGUCCAAAAUUACUUGACGAAGAAGAGUCGGACGACCUAAACGAAGACCAGAAAAGUUUCCAGCCCUUGGCUCCUACAAUGCUGGUUGAGCGUCGAUACAUUUUCCAUAAUCGUUUGAUCAAAAUCACUAAAGGACAUCAUACGGAAUUCUUAGCUAAUUACAACCCGCUCUUGCAAGUGUCUGAAGAUAAAGUGACUCGAUGGCAUCAAAAUUUCGAUGUUGAUGGCGUUCCAGAAAUUCCAUUAGCAAACUUGCCAACACCUCCAGACGUCAAAACUUUUGCAACUGCCAAAGAUGUACUCGAACAAGCACACAAUCUAGCCAUGUUGAAUCCUCGAUUGGAAGCUGCGUUAAAGAAAUGUGCUGUGUCUAAAGAUUCAACUGUUCAAGUUAAGAAUGAUCCUCUUCAGGAUAUUGAAGCCUCAAAACCUGCACCACCACCUGUUAAUGCAGGAUUAAAAGGGGUAUCGCAAUCUCUAAUCGAUAAGAUCCGAGCCCGUGAAGCAGCAAAAGCUCAAACACAAAUGACAAUGAAUACGGAGGAAAUUCGUCGGCAGGGAAUUGCUAAAUUGCUUCCCGAAUUAGCACGAAUUAUUAAUAGUAUUUUUGUGACGGAGAAGAAAUCGGUAAUUGCCCUCCGCCCGCUUAUUGAGAAGAUACAGUACAGCCAUAGGGGAAUUAUGAGUACGUCAGCAGUAGAAGAACACAUCAAACUUCUGCGUAAGGUAUACCCAGAGUGGCUGGAUAUUCUUAGCAGAGGGGGUAUUGACUACGUCAAAGUGGACCGUAAGAUCGAUAGCAAUAUCGUUUAUCAGAAACUUGAAGACAAUGCCAAAAGUUAACUUGUUUAACGCCUGUGGUUUUUAAUUCCUGCGUUUUUUUUUAUAUUUCCGAACUUUUUUCAACUCAUUUUAAUUUUUGAAACGGGUCGAUGUGAUUUUUAAAACAGAAUAAAAAAAUGGUGAUGUUUUCCAUCGGUUUUCCGAACAAGAUUGACAUCACUGCUUUUAAACGCC